AUGAGCGAUAUGUCGAUGAAGAAGGUUAUUGAAGUUGAGGAUGCCGUAGAAGUAGGGCCUCCUCGAAAGCGCGUAAAGUUCUACCAUUUCGCCGAGGAGGUCCUCUUCGAGGUUGUCGAAGGGCCGAGGAAGGGAUUGAAGAGGACGAGAAUGAACGGGCCGGAGAUACGGAAGGUGAAGGCGGAGCUGAACGAGUCGCCGGCGAAGAGGAGAAGACCGCAGGAGGUGUCGCAGGAGGAGAUGUUGGCGGCGUUCGGAACCGAUGCGGAGCCUGUCGAGCUGGACAUGACGCCACACAGCUAUUUCUGCUAUCGAUACUGUGUGGCCGGUUGUGGCCAUGACUGCCUGUGCCGAAAAGAUCUGGUACGGUGCUGCCCGCGGUGCCCGUGCAAUCCCCGCACGUGCACCAAUUACGAUCUCGAGCGGGAGCAUCAACGGCGGUCGGCGAGAGCAUCGAGGGCCGAGCGUAGGCGGACGGCGAAUCGGGAGUGGGCCGCGAUGGAGCCGGUGACGGAGGCGAUGGCGGAGCAGGAGCGACGGUUGGCGGAGAAGGCGGCGGCGGCGGCGUUGGUGAAGCCGAGGUGGAGCGUGUUUUCGGAGGAGGAGGAUGAGGAUGAGCCCGAGGAGAAGAAUGAAGCCGAUGUGAUUGAGGGAAUCAAAUCACCAACUGAUUACCAAUUGAAAUCGAACGGCGCAGAAGUUAUUCAUAAGCGUCUGAACAUCGACAAUCUGAAUCUCGACAUGAAAUAG